CUUUACUAACGGGACAAGUUUAAACCUCCAGGAUAUCACUGUCGGCUCUGGGCUUUUCUGUCGUCUCCAUGUGAACAUUUCGACCUGGAGUGAGAGAGUUUACUGCUGCUGAAAGCAUGAUGAUGACGAUGGGAGGAGGUUACCACCGAAGGGGCAGCCCUCGCUAGAAUCAUACUUUCCCCCCUCCAACUUCACCCCUCCACGCAUCACCCACUACUGCCACCCCUGCCUCCAGCGCCAUGGCCAACCACCUGGAGCUGAUCCAAGAGCUGCAGCAGCUGGACAAGGUGCCAAGUCUGGAGAGGCUGCGGACAGCCCAGAAGCGCCGUACCCAGCAGCUGAAGAGAUGGGCCAUAUACGAGAAGGAGAUGCAAAACAAGAAGCGCAAGGCGGAUAAGAAAGCACGCAACAACAACUUCCAGCAAUCGGAAUCCAAGAAGCAUGUGUCGUUUGCCGCCAGCGUGGCACUUCUGGAGGCGUCGGCCAGGAAUGACCCAGAUGAAGUGCGUUACCUGCUGAGGAACAAUGUGGGUCCAGAUCUCUGCAAUGAAGAUGGUCUUACCGCCCUUCAUCAGUGUUGUAUAGAUAACUAUGAGGAGAUGGUGAAGAUCCUGUUGGACCGAGGAGCCAGCGUCAAUGCUCAGGACAACGAGCUGUGGACACCGCUGCAUGCUGCUGCUACGUGUGGCCAUGCAGGGCUUGUCAAGAUACUCAUAGCACACGGCGCAGAUCUGUUGGCGGUCAACUCUGAUGGCAACAUGCCCUACGACCUGUGUGAAGACGAUCCAACACUGGACAUCAUCGAGACGGCUAUGGCUAACCGAGGAAUCACCCAGGAGAUGAUCAACGAGACACGAGCGUCAACUGAGAGGAAGAUGCUGGUAGAUAUUCAGGAACUGCUGAGAGAGGGACAGGAGGUCAACCAGCAGGACUCUCAGGGAGCCACAUUGCUCCACAUCACAGCAGCAAAUGGCUACGUGCAGGCUGCAGAGCUGCUGCUGGAGGGGGGAGCUCGCAUGGACCUGAGAGAUUCAGAUGGAUGGCAGCCUCUUCAUGCUGCAGCGUGCUGGGGUCAGAUGCAUGUGGCAGAGCUGUUGGUUUCUCAUGGAGCCAGUCUCAAUGCCAAGACAUUCCUAGAGGAGACUCCCAUCGACCUGUGUGAGGAUGAGGAGUUCAGAGCCAUCCUGCUGGACCUGAAACACAAACAUGACACCAUCAUGAAGUCACAGCUCAAACACAAGACAUCACUGUGCAGGCGAACAUCCAGUGCAGGCAGUCGUGGAAAAGUGGUGCGGCGAGCCAGCCUCUCAGACAGACACAACUUGUGUCGUAAAGAAUAUGAGACAGAGGCCAUCGUGUGGAGGGGAGGGAGGGAGGAGGAUAAUGAGAAAGAGAAGGAGUCUGAUCAGGAGAACAACCAGGUGGUUAAAGUCAAGCCAGUUGUAGCUGUGGAGCUGCCAGACAAGCCCAAGCUGCCCACUAUCCUCAAAGAUGGCAGCAACAAACAGAAUGGCCUCAUCUCCACAACGACGUCCACACCGCCACAACCGCCCUCCAAUGGCAACACGACAUUGUCUGACAAGGGCGGCGUCAUCACCACCCAGCCCACCCAGGACGAAGCCUGCCCGAGGGAGCGUGCUCAGACUCUGUCGGAGCUGAAGAAACAGAGGGCUGCCGCCAAAUUGUUGAAUCACCCCUUGUUCAACGGUCACCUUGGUAACGGGUCCACAGACUCCUUCACUGAUGCCAAAACCAACUCAGAGGACCCCCGAAUGCCACUUGUGUCAUCCAACGGCAACGCGGUUUACUACACGCCAGCCAGCGGCGACCCGCCCCUUCUCAAACUGAAACAGCCAAUAGAGGAAGAGCUGCCAAAGACGCGGACCUGCUGCUGCGUGUCGUAGCGCCGUAGUCAUGUGACUGUUAAUGUAAUGGGAAGUGUUUGCACAGAGAAGGAGGAAGCGAGGAACGUGCAGUAGGAGCGAGGAGAGGAAAGAAAGAAAAAGUUCCUACUUGACUUUGAAGCUUCUUCCACAGAGGAUGGCUGGCCUAAAGAUGGUCUAGAAAGUUUUACUUGGCUUCUGCUCAAAUUGGCAACACUUUCUCUAAAUACAGGCAUGUUUUCAGUACAGCAAAGAAGAAGAAAGAAACUGAGCUGUGCCAGUUUAAUCCUCCAGAGGUCACUCAGAUUAAAAUUCCUUUUCAUAUAUGGAGUCUCUCUACAAGGCCUAACAAAUGGUUAGAAACAAGAAGCUGUUUCUCUGCACCUUUUAAGAAUCAAAGUGUGGACAGGU